UUACUCAGAUAACAAGUCUAAAACAAGAAAAACUAGUUAAAUAUAAUAGUGGGACAUUUACAGCAACUCAACAAAAUUACCCAAUCCAUGAACUAGAGACAUUAGCAGCUAUAAAAGCUUUUAAAAAAUGGCAAAUAGAUUUAAGACCAAUAACCUUUUACCUAAGAACUGAUUCAAAAUAUUUAAUAGGAUUUCAGAAGUAUAAUAUAAAAGCAAACUAUAAUCAGGGAAGGCUUAUUCGAUGGCAAAUGCAAUUAUCUCAAUAUUCAUAUAUACCAGUCUACAUAAAAGGAGAACUCAAUUCUAUAGCAGAUUCUCUUACACGAGAAUAUCGAAAUCAACAGUCGAAAGACUGAUUCAAUUUAUUAAAAUAUUUUAAUAAAUAACUCAUGAUCUUGAGUAUAAAAGAUCAACCAUCGAUAAUUGGUAAAGAUUAUCAACAAAACAAACAGUCUUCGGACAAUAAUUAGCCACUUUGGCAAUAUUUGACAGGAACCAUGGACUCAGUGAUAAAGAUGAUGGAAAAUACUAUCAAACAGAAAAAAGAAAACCUCCAAAAACUCCAAGACGAAAUUACCCAACUUGAAGCAACUGUCCAAACACUAAAAAAUCAAACCCAAAACAGUGAAACAAUAAUAUUACCAGAAAGUCCGCCUACAAGCCCAGCUACUAAAAAACCACAUAAAUAUUAUGUUAUCUUCAACGGCCCAAUGCGUGGAAUAUACGAUGAAUGGCAUAAGGCCGCACAAUUUAUCACAGGGAGAAAUAUCACUCAUAAAAGCUAUGGCAACCUUGAAGACGCAAAACAGGCACUUGACGACUCGGCUCAGAAACAAAAAGGAAUAGCCACUUCCUUCAAGGAUCAACUUCUUCUUGGAGGGGGAGGAGGACGAACUCAGCUACAACCCGUAACCAGACUCACCCCUAUCGGAAAAAUUCCUACCAUUGCCAAAAUAGACACUACCCAAGCCAUCCUUGAACAAAUAAAACUAACCAAGGAAAAAUUUCUCGAAUACUUCGAAGAAAUAAAUACCUACCCAGAAAAAACCAUCUACAAACAUAUAUACCCAAAAAACCAUCAAGGCCUUGGCCCAAAAGCAGUGGUACUUCCCGAAGCAGACCCAAUACUUACAAAAAACCUCCAUGAAUAUGGACUUAUAGAAACCCUUUAUAUACGAAAACCCGAUUACCAACUAAAACACUUCCCGAUCGGAUUAAAAACAGCUAUUUCAAGGUAUUUUUCAGGAUAUGCUAAAGGAAAGGAAGUAUUUCUUCAGUAUUAUAGCAACCACCCAGAACUCAACCAAACAGGAUUAAGCUGCCCAGCAAUCAAAUUAAUAAUAAUGGGGAUUAGUAACGAGCAAUAUCCAACCAAAGAUGGUGCAGCAAACAUUCACUACGAUGAAGACGACCUGGUUCGAGUCGAUGUUGAAUUAACCAUAGGAAUACUCAGAAAACUUGUCUACAUGAACGACUUCUUCCGACUCAACUACAAAUCCGACUCAACACUUUUACUCACCAAAUCAACCAAAGAAUUCGACAUCCAAGAAAUUAUAGGCCCGAUAGUCUACAAAAUAUGGGACAAUGGGAUCAUCAAAAGUCUGCAAUAUCAUCAAACAAUGUGUAGACUACUCAUUCAAAGUCAGCUACAUGACAAGAUCAACGAAAAACACAAAUGCUCGAUCUGUACAGACAAAUCCGAAGAAGCCCAAGAAGAAAAGGCCCAAGAAGACUCUAGUGAUGACCCAAUAAUAGAAGACGAAGCAACACCGACAAAGGCAAUAAACAUGUGAGGAAAAUAGGUCGGCAACCACUCGUAACCACUUAGAAAAAUCAAUAAUGUAAUCUUAUCUUUUUCUUUUUAUUGGCCGAGAUAAGAUUUCGAUCUUAUCUUCUUAUCUUUAGUAAUGUCUCCGUUGUAAUAUAAAAAGAUGCAUAAGGCAUCAAUGAAGAAUAAGACUUAAGCGAGUUUGUAUAAUUUGGUUAUCUAACCCUUCUGUUGAGACUUCGUCUCUGAAUAGCAGAAAAAACAAAUACAAAACUCGAAAAUAAUUUGGAAAAAACAAAUACAAAACUCGAAAAUAAUUUGGUAUCAGAGCCUCCAUCACAAAAAUAUUCAAAAACUAGAAGUAUCAAUCCAAGAAGAAGCAACAAAUCGAAGAGAAUCAACUACCUUUGAAGAAGUUCAUUCAGUUACCACCCUGCGAGAAAAUAAUUUGGUAUCAGAGCUGUAAUAUUAUUAAGUUGCGCUUCAAACUUGACAUUCACAAAUUUCUUUCCUAGUGAAUAUAUUUACUUAGCAUUGGAGAUUAUGAUACCUUUUCUUUUCUUUUUUGCAAAAGUUACUUAAAAAGUCACAUAUUAGUAUUUUUUUUUUUUUUUGAUCAAAGUCACAUAUUAGUAUAUUACUCACUUUUGUUUAAUUAUCAAAACUAAAUCGAGGGACAAGUGAGAGUUGUUUAACUGAGCUUUUAUCUUGAAAAGAAAUUUGUGAAUGUCAAGUUUGAAGCGCAACUUAAUAAUAUUACAGCUAUUUAGAAUGUUAUCUAAGCAAAGUGAUUUGGGUUCUGCUCAUUCGCUAAAAAAAAAAAAACACCAAAAAGCUACAUAACAUAGAGAUAGAGUGGUCACUUCAGUUGAACCUUUGGCGUUGAACGUGAGGGGGCUAAAUCUAUUUCUGACAUCAAAUAGCAAAGUACAAAUGAGAUAUUCGGGCCGACAAGUCUUCUAAAGAUGAACGGUCAAGAUUAGACACGCGUAAGACCAGAUCAUGCGAUUUUUGCUUCGAUUAACUUUCUUCCCCGGCGAAAUUACGCUCUCUCACCGGGGAUCGAGUUUCCGACUAACAGUUGGGGUAACUAAACCUUCUGGUUUCUCCAAUUUUCAGCCAGUCCCGAAGUCAAAUUAUCUUUCAGUUUCUUUGGAAAAAAAAAAACAGACUUUGCUAUAAAUUCGUUUUAAAGGUUUGGUUUUUUUCGAAAGGAGAAGAUAGAAACUCGCACUUGCUCGAAACAUCGCAACGUUGAGUUGAGAUGAUAAAAAAAAAAUGUCAUAUGAAAGCAAUGGAGGGUCAUCCUUAUGGGAACAAUGAGGACUCUCUUGGGAUCACAUUUGGUGAUAUUAGUGAUGAACAAGGUGUUGGCUCUAGUUCUCAUGUGGUCGGGAACUAUCAGUCUUAUGUUGAAGACCCAAUUCGAACAUCUGAUAUGGUGUAUAGCCAAGAAACCGCACAGAGCACUGAAGAGCAAGUGGCUAGGCCAAGUUCGGAAUCUCUUCCAAAGAACAGAGCAUUUUCUAAUGUCAUGUUUUUUGUUUUGGCCUCGGGAACUUCAGCGUAUCUAUGGCAAAGAAGAGCGUUCCUUUUGAAUUGAAUGGUACAAUUUAGCCA